UUGCAGGUUCUCUGUCAAUAAAUAUAAAACAAUAUACCAUUUUUUGUCUACAAUUGAUAUAAAAUUUAAAAAAGAAAAUGUUUCCUAAUUAAAAAUUAACUUUUAUAAUGAGUAACAAAGCCAAUAACACAGGAGAAACAGAUCCUGUGGAAGAAGAAUUAGCUGGUAGAGUAAGAGAAGUAGGCAAUCAUGCGAUAUGGAGUUUAUCAAGUUGCAAGCCAGGUUUUGGAGUAGAUCAAUUACGUGAUGAUAUAACAGAAACAUAUUGGCAAUCUGAUGGGCAACUUCCACAUUUGGUAAAUAUACAAUUCAAAAGAAAAACAACGAUAAGAGACAUAUGUAUUUAUACAGAUUACAAACUUGAUGAAAGUUAUACUCCGAGUAGAAUUAGUAUAAGAGCAGGUACAAAUUUUAAUGAUCUUCAAGAAGUUGAAGUUAUGGACCUUAAUGAACCAAGUGGAUGGGUAGUUAUUCCUAUAAAGGAUAUAAAUGAAAGACCUAUCAGAACAUUUAUGAUUCAAAUAGCUGUUAUAAGUAAUCAUCAAAAUGGUAGAGAUACUCAUAUGCGACAAAUUAAAGUUCAUUCUCCAGCGCAAGAUGUUUUUGGACCACCUGCCCCCUAUAUGCCAGGACAAUUCCUUACUAAUGAAUUUCUACGUUACGCUACAGUCAGAUAGAUUAGAGUAUUUGUAUAUAUUAGUUUAUUUAUUACAGUAAGAAAAUUCGCUCAACAUUUGUAUUGUAUUCCAUAGGUUUCAUAGUAUCAAUAAAGUAUCAUCAUAUCCUUAA